AUGCCGCCACGUUCCUCCGCCGCACGGCUGUUCACAGUUCCGCCCAAGUUUCUGUGUCCAUCAGUAUCACUGUCGAGCCAGACCGUCCGAGCCAUCCGCUCACUACUACCCGUCAAAAAGCUCGGCCGCUUCAACCAUGACACGAAUCUACCGCUCCUGGAAUCUUCCCAGGCCGCCGCUCUACUUCGCAAAGAAAACUCCUUCGCGCUGCGUACCGGUGCGCUGGCCAUAAAGAAGGGAAUGACUGGUGUCUACGAUCCAAUAACCGCCAAACGUGAAGCCUGUACGGUGCUCCAACUCGAUCGCUGUCAGGUUAUUGGGCACAAGCGGGUGAAGCCCCACGGAUACUGGGCAGUGCAAGUCGGUUGCGGCACAAAAGAGGCACGGAACGUGACAAGGCCGGAACGAGGCCACUUUGCGGCACAAGGCGUGCCAAUCAAACGACAUGUUGCCGAGUUUCGCGUCAAGGAUGAGGAGGCAUUGGCUGAAGUCGGCAGCAUAAUCACUGCCGACCUGUUUCAAGAAGGACAAUUCAUUGAUGCUCGCGGCACGACUCGCGGCAUGGGUUUUGCUGGUGGCAUGAAGCGCUGGGGCUUUUCGGGUCAGCCUGCUUCGCACGGUAACUCGCUGACCCAUCGUGCUAUGGGGUCCGCUGGUGCUAGUCAAGGCAGUGGAUCACGUGUGUUACCGGGGAAAAAAAUGGCUGGCCGCAUGGGUGGAGAGAGACAUACGGUGCAGAACUUGAAGGUCAUGAAGGUAGACGCGGCAAAUGGCAUUGUGGUGGUUAGCGGUGCCGUGCCCGGACCGAAAUACAGCAUUGUGCAUAUCCAGGAUGCAUUGAAGAAGCCUUGGCCGACCGUGGAUCGAUCAGCCGGGAUCGCUGCUGCGGAUGGCACUGUCGGAAAAUCAGCUGCUCCUGUUGAUGCUUAA